GAGCUGGGCGCCUCUGCCCGGCCGCUCCCUGCUCUUGCACCCCGGACCCCAGAGCCUGGUUCCAGCCCGCGGCUGGCCUGGGGCCGGCAUGGUCCAGCCGCAGACAUCCAAGGCCGAGAGCGCGGCCCCCGCGGGCGCCCAGAUGGACGACGUCAUCGACACCCUGACCUCCCUGCGCCUCACCAACUCCGCGCUGAGGCGGGAGGCCUCCACCCUGCGGGCCGAGAAGGCAAACCUCACCAACAUGCUGGAGAGCGUGAUGGCCGAGCUCACCCUGCUACGCACCAGGGCGCGGAUCCCGGGCGCGCUGCAGAUCACCCCGCCCAUCUCUGCCAUUACCUCGAACGGGGCUCGGCCCAUGACCACACCGCCGACCUCGCUGCCUGAGCCCUUUUCCGGAGACCCAGGCCAGCUGGCGGGGUUCCUGAUGCAGAUGGACAGAUUCAUGAUCUUCCAGGCCUCCCGCUUCCCAGGCGAGGCCGAGCGAGUGGCCUUCCUUGUGUCCCGACUGACUGGGGAGGCAGAGAAGUGGGCUAUCCCCCACAUGCAGCCUGACAGCCCCUUGCGAAACAACUAUCAGGGGUUCCUGGCAGAGUUGCGGAGAACCUACAAGUCUCCGCUCCGGCAUGCGCGGCGCGCCCAGAUCAGGAAGACUUCGGCGUCUAACAGGGCUGUGCGAGAAAGGCAGAUGCUGUGUCGCCAGCUGGCCGCUGCGGGCACAGGGCCCUGCCCUGUGCAUCCAGCCUCAAAUGGGACUAGUUCAGCUCCAGCCUUGCCCACCCGAGCACGGAACCUUUAAGAACCUGCCACCACCCUGGUACAUCUGCAGCUAUCCAGGUAGCAUAUGCUCUUUGCUGCGUAGAAGAAAUGUCCGUACAACAACAUUGCCCCUGUUUGAAGACGUCCCUUCCUGCCUUUCCAGACCAUUUCAUGAGGAGACCCUCCUUCCCCUUAUCUUGGGUGCCCUGGUUACCGCCUUGCUGUGCUUCUGUUACCAUGUGCUGGUUUUGCAACUGCAGCUUGAUGCAUGCUCCCCUUUCUCUUGCUAGCUUCCCAGCUACUCUCAUGACUACGGCCCUGCUGCUCAGGCACACCAACGCGGCAGCACCCUCACAGACCAUGUGGGCUGACCCCUCCCAGCCCGACUCUGUUUUCAGAUGCUCCUACUCCACCUUCUGCGAGCCCUCAUGGCAGUUUCCCACCUGGUUACCCUGUUCUCGCUGAUGAGCUCUGGCUGGGAAGAAGCCAGUUUGACCAGGCUGGUGCCUUGAUGUGUGUACCUGGAGAGGGGGUCUGGCUUCUCACCCGCAGAUGAUCACCAGCCCUGCCAGGGCCCAGUGUAGCGGGUAGGGGCCUCAUCUCUGCUGUCUGUGGCCAAGCAGUGACUGCUGGGAGGGAAGUUGAAGCGUCUCUGGGGGCAGGCCUCCCUCUACACAUGCAUGUGCACUCCAGCAUGCCCCAUUGCUGCUGCUGUGAAGGACUGACAUUGCAGCUCAAGGGAGAGGCUGCACCUCUGUUACUCUGUGGCUUUAGCUGCUGGUGUUCAGAUAGCUCCAGGUAUCUGGGGAAUGUGGAACUUGCCUGCUAAAUCAGGUCAUUGUGAACUUUGGCCUCCUGGGCAGUUCCUUCAGGCUGCCAGGCACAUCCAUGUCUGAGAGCCAUAGUAGGCAAGGGGUGGACACUAGUGCUCACUCUGCUGUCCUGGAUCUCCAGUGGGAAGCACCACAAGCUGCUGGUGGUCAGUCGCCCCUCCUCUGCCCCUUGUCACCUUGCUCAAGACCUGUUACUUUACCCAUUCAGGUGCCAUGUGGCCUUCACCUUGGCCCUUCAGCUGCCCACACCAUCUCUAGGUCUCCAAAGAUGCCAUGUAGCAUGCCCUCCCCAUGUGUGGGCUGUCAGAUGUCCAGCCUUUGUCCAAGAACAAAGAGACUCCCUCUUAAACUGGAGACCCAGCUCCUCUGGGAAACAGCGUUAAGGCAGGAGCGUGUCUGCCUCUGGCAACACCAGCCAGGGUCUCAGGGCAUUUGUAAAGGCAAAGAGCUGUGGCUACCAGGUUCUAAUGUGGUCACAGUGCAGAACUGGCACACGUCCUAAUUCUGAGGGACAAAGCCUCUUAUGGGGGACAGCCUUGUGCUUCCUCAUGGGGACGUCCAAGAAACCACUUUCUACCUGAGACUUGGCCAAGCCUUUUGGACUGUGAUGUUCCUGCCAUAUUUCAAUGCCAAAUGAAUCACAUUUACAUGACCACCUGGGCCAUGGGGGGAGAUGGGGUGUCUUACCCCGGGUUCAUCUGUCCGUGUCAAAUGGCCUGGGCUAGACUGCAGAAAGAUAACCUCUGCACCCACCCAAAGACGUGUGUAUGUCUUGGGAUCCCAGAGGUUGCAUCCUGGGACCCAUCCUCUUUUCCUGAGAGUUUUGAUGAUGUUGGGAAAAGUGACUGCGAUUCUGAAGCAAACACUGCCUUGCACAGUCAAGGAUAUUCAGUGGUUGCUGAGGUUCGUGGGCACUGCCACCCACUCAUGGUAAACUCUGUUAGCCCAAUUGCCCUGCUGAACAACUGCCAGAUUCCAGCCUUCAGGUUCCCCUGGACUCCAGCCAAGGCUGUUCAGGUGCCGGGUCUGAGAGUCAUGCUGCAGCAUACACCAGGACCAGAGCCAUGGAGGCGAGACCCGCCACCCUCCCUGUCCGCAUCUGGGACCAGGCCCUUUCCUUUGCAUAUGGGUCGUCGUGCGCACUCCAAGCUGCUGCCCCAGCUGUGCCUGGCUUGCUGACCUAACUGUGUUUCGUUUCUCCGUGCUUUCGUUGUGGGCUUGGGGUGAGACCUUCUUGAUAGCUCCCUGCAACAUUGGAACGUGGAGCAGAUGAGAGAGAGGUCAGGGCUUGCCCUCCACAUUGGACUUGCAGAAGCCUGCACUGGAAGGAAUGAGCCCAGCGUGGCUCUAGUGGGAGACACCUUAGUCUCCAGCCAAAGAGGGUGAGACCCGAGUCCCAUGCAGCCCUGGAGGGAGACCGCAAUGACUGGGAGGAUCAAGCUGAAAAGGAGGUGGGGGAAGGGAGAUGCUUUGUACAUAUUUUGGGGUUAUAAUUUCUCUAAAUUGUAAGUGAACAGGUUUUGAUUUAUAAAGGGACAGGCAGUAGUUUAAACAAUGCAUGUGAGAAAGUUUCAUAUGUUCUCCAUGGUGUGGGCAUUAUUUGGAUGAUAUUGUAACUACUUUCUGGUCUACAUGACACCCCAUCUGGUAAGUAAGCUUCACUGCAUACCAGGGCUUAAUUGGAGAUGGGAUUUAGUAUAGAGGUGACUUCCUGGCCUAGUAUGGGAUUAACUUAAGUCCUAAAGCAUUUCAGAAACAGCAAAGACUCAUUCACUGGCCCCAGGUAAGUAUAUGACAAGUAAUGGUGAGGGUGGAAAAAUAGCUGUGAAGGUGCGGUGGGACCAUCCUGACACGAAUGCACUUGUCAAUGGACAGAGCCACUGUUGGGCGAGGGCGACCCUGGUGGUUCAGCCCGUUGAGAAUGAGUGAGUGUGGGGAGAGCUGGGCCUAUGCUGAGGUUAACUUAGGGAGCAAGCCCUGGGAUUGGGCCAAAGGACACAUGCUGGGGCCACCUACUGGGGGCAGAGCUUUGGGUGGGAAGAGGGAAGUCCUUGCGGAGCCCCUCCAUCUUGCAACCAGUGCAGUUAAGACCUGGCUCACCUCUGCUUGGGAAACGGUAGUUUAGGGACGUGGAGAGGAAGGCAUAAGAUGGGGCUCCUGGGGAAAGGAAGCAAGAGCAGACUGUUGGACCAACAGAAACUGCUUCCCGGCAUAGAGGAGGACUUUGGGGUGCAGGGCAUUCCAUAAUCCACGGUGAGUGUACAUGGAACUAGCCUCUGCCAUGUGGUCAUCUCGGGGACCUCAUGCUGGAUGUGGUGGCACUUGGCACAGAAUGGAUGCGGUAGAGGAGAUGGGAGGAAACCCAACUUCCCAUUUCCAAUCACAAACACCUUUCUGAGAGCAAGCAACAAAACGUGCUAAAUCUUUUCAGUAUCCAUGUAAUCCUACGUGCUAUAGAAAUUUUGGAAAAUCAAGUAGAGGAAAGAAAAAUAAAAUUUUAACAUUUUGGUGUCUCUUUUUCCAGGCUCUCCCCCCUCAUAGUUUCUUUGUAUUUCAAGUUAAUGUAGUUAGGAUCCUACCGUCUGUAGUGAUACAAUUUUGUGUAGCUGUUUUAGUUGCACAUAUCCUGGGCAUUUCUCCCAUGCUGUUGCUAACUUUAUUUUGAAAUGGCCGUGUACUCUUCCAUCAGGUAGGUGGACAGUAGUGCCAAUUGUUGGUCACGAAUGCUGUUACUAAUUUUUCACCGUUAAAAUUGAUGAACAUCUUUGUGCAUAAGGCUUUUUCCCAAUGUCAAGUUAUUUCCUUAGGAUAGGUUCCCAAAGGUGGGAUUAUUAAAGAGUAUGAAAACCUUUGAGGCUUUUAUUACAUACUGAUGAAACAGUUUGCAGAAAUGUUUAUAUGCAUUUCCACUACCACCAACAAGGAUCACUGUGCCCAUCUUGCCAGUAUUGGGUGUUGUCAUCUGGUGAAAUAUUUGCUAAUUUGAUAAUGAAAAAAUAGCGUUGUGUUUUAGUUUGCAUUCUUUGACUUCUAGCACAGCUGGACAUCUUUUCAUGUCGGGUGGUUGUAUUUCCUAUUUUGUGGAUUGCCAGUGUCCUUUGCUCAUCUCCUGGGGUCUGAUCAAUUUGUAUGAGCGUGUGAUAUAUUAAAGAUAUUAACCUUG